AAUUAACCUUCUGAAAUUAUAGAUUUUACAAAAUGAUAUAUCUACUUUGUAAGUUGUUGUAAAAAUUCGGUGAAGAAAAAUAGCUCUAACGGUGGAAGCGGUACAAUAGUCUUGGAACCAUGAUGAAUGUGGUAUAGAAGUGAUGGUGGUUUUAGAGGAAGCAGUAGUGGUGAAAGAUUGGGGGAGGAAAAAUAGAUACCAUGGUGGAAGUGAUACGAAUGAAAGUGAUGAGGAGGCAGUGGUGGUUGAUGUUGAUAUGAUGAUGAUGGGUGCAGAGAAAGUGAUGAUGGAGAAGAUCAAACCAAAGAUAAAGAUCUUUAGUGGUGGAGAUCAAGAAAAAAGAAAAAAAAAAAAAAAAAAAACAUGA